CUGUUAGCCGUUGGUGGGGCCCGCGCCUGGGUGUGCUGCCGCGGGAGGAACCCAGGUCCCGGGCCGAGGCUGCCCCGGGAAUGGUUUUAGUCGGCACAAACAUGGCUGCGGCCCUGCGAUCUGCGAGCGUCCUGCUCCGCGAUCGGCUGGUAUAUGGUGGCUCAAGGGCCUGUCAGCCACGGAGGUGCCAGUCGGGUGCAGCCACAGCAGCAGCUGCCACAGAAACAGCCCAACGUGCCAGAAGCCCCAGACCUCAAGUUCAGCCGGGGAACAGGAAGCCGAAAACUGGAAUAUUAAUGCUGAACAUGGGAGGCCCUGAAACCGUCGGAGAAGUUCACGACUUCCUUCUGAGGCUCUUCUUGGAUCGAGACCUCAUAACACUUCCUGUUCAAAAUAAGCUGGGACCAUUCAUUGCCAAACGCCGAACCCCCAAAAUUCAGGAGCAGUACCGCAGGAUUGGAGGCGGAUCCCCCAUCAAGAUGUGGACUUCUAAGCAAGGGGAAGGCAUGGUGAAGCUGCUGGAUGAGUUGUCCCCGCACACAGCCCCUCACAAAUACUAUAUUGGAUUCCGGUAUGUCCACCCGUUAACAGAAGAAGCAGUUGAAGAGAUGGAGAGAGAUGGGCUGGAAAGGGCGAUUGCUUUCACACAGUAUCCACAGUACAGCUGCUCUACCACAGGCAGCAGCUUAAAUGCCAUUUACAGAUACUAUAAUGAAGUGGGCAAGAAGCCCACGAUGAAGUGGAGCACCAUUGACAGGUGGCCCACACACCCCCUCCUCAUUCAGUGCUUUGCCGACCACAUUCUGAAAGAACUGGACCAUUUUCCACUUGAGAAGAGACGCGAGGUGGUCAUACUAUUUUCUGCUCACUCACUGCCGAUGUCUGUGGUCAACAGAGGGGACCCGUAUCCUCAGGAGGUGGGCGCCACUGUCCAGAGAGUCAUGGAGAAGCUGGGUUUCUCCAAUCCCUACAGACUGGUGUGGCAGUCCAAGGUUGGCCCGAUGCCCUGGCUGGGUCCUCUGACGGACGAGGCCAUUAGAGGGCUUUGUGAGAGGGGGAGGAAGAAUAUCCUUUUGGUUCCGAUAGCAUUUACCAGCGAUCACAUUGAAACGCUGUAUGAACUGGACAUUGAGUACUCUCAAGUUCUAGCCAGUGAGUGUGGGGUUGAAAACAUCAGAAGAGCAGAGUCUCUUAACGGAAAUCUGCUGUUCUCGAAGGCCCUGGCCGACCUGGUGCACUCGCACCUCCAGUCCAACGAGCGCUGCUCCACGCAGCUGACCCUGAGCUGCCCGCUCUGCGUGAAUCCCGUCUGCAGGGAGACCAAGUCCUUCUUCAGUAGCCAGCAGCUGUGACCCCGCCAGAGCGCCGCUGGGAUUUGGCAGGUGCCCCGCCUCCAGACACCUCCGAGGUGGAGGACGAUGUAUUUAGCAAUCAGGGAGGACGUUGCCUCGGUGUGGGCAUAGCCUUUGGCCACAGACUGUGUGCUUUCUUGAGAAAUGGACUCUGAAAUCCUUAUCGAGGGGUAUUUUUAUAGACCAAAUACAGUAAGCAUUUAUAGUUCCCCUCUCUGGGUUAAGUUACUAGUUUGGAAUGUCCACGAGGCUAUUUUAAAAAUGAGUUUUAAAAAUUUAUCUUAUGAGAUGCACACGUAUUUUCAAUACCGAUUUUGGUUUUAUUGCCCCAAAAAACCCCUGCGAGGGUACGAAGAGUGCCCUCUGUGGGCUGUCAGAGUGAGUGAGAUCUGUUUACAAUCUCAUACUUUUUUUUUUAAAGUGAACAUAGUUGAGUAAAUGAAAUAUAAUUUGAAAAAAGAAAGGGUACUUAAUCUUUCCCUCAGCCCGUGGGUUACAGAAUGCUGGUCCGGUGAUGUUCCUACAGUGGCUGCUCUUGCCAGUGAUGUCACUAUUAAUCGGUCAUUUUGGUCCUUGUGUGUGAGCCUCCCUUUCCUCACCAUGAAACCGAAUCAAGUGUAGGUUCCAAAAGUGCUUUGAGAUUCCCCAGGCACACAGGGCUGAUAAACGUGUAGCAAUCCCGCAUCUGUCAUCCCCACCUUGGUGGGAAUCGUUGGUGCCACAGGAGAGGGGGGCCGGAAAUGCUAAUGAAGGGCUUCAUGUCCAGAGCUCCUCUCAGGAUCUCGUGGACCUUUCCAUCGAGCAUCUUCUUCAUCUUGGUUGAAUGUCCCCUUUCCGCAUAUUUGUUUGAAGAUUUAUUUUAUAAAGUCAACUAUGUUCGGUAACCUCAAAUUCUUAAUUUACAAUUUUUAUUAUAAAAAUUAUAUAACCAUGCUAUAGGAAAUUUGAAAAAUAGAGAAAAGGAAAAUAACCACUCUAAUGCAACAAGUAUUAUUCAUAUUAUUGUAUUUCAUGUUAGUCUUUUCCUGUGGAUAUUUUAGAUGCCAUUGUAACCUUGAAUUUGUGAGUGAAAAGUUGUCCUAAAAUGUAGAAAUAAUGUAGGAUCAGAGUCAGAUCUUCUAUACCUGGAUUUAUAUGGAUUUUAAAAAUCUCUGAUGGAUCCAUAGUGAAUUUGUAAUAAUAACUUUCUCUUUCCUUUAAGCCUUACAACUUUGUUCUUCGAAAGUGCAUUUCUUUUUUUUUUUUAAGCCAGUGAAAGUAUUAGUGGAGUCAUAGAUCUUCUAUAUUCAGUAUUUACUAUAUUAAUAAAUAUGACAUCAUUAAGGUUUUAA